AUGGUAUUCGCUAGAAAUACCACAGGUAUAUCCAAAGUAAUAGUUAAGGAUUUCUUUAUUAUUGACUUGGAAACUGGUUUACUUCGACAACGUACUGAUCGUUACUCCGUAAAUUUCGUAUCGCUUUUGGCUCGAAUUACAUUCGACUUUUUGCACAAUUUUUUUCGUUACAUGAAUGUUGUACUUCCUGCCCCUAAUCUUCAAGACGCUGACUUAUUCCCUAUUGUUGAAACUCAAAUGCCCUUUUUUAUUCGUUUAUUCGAAUCUCCUAAACAUCUUGGUUUUUUAAUACAUGACACUCUGUUUCCUCCUCAAGCAGCUACGAAACUUAGUCCUUCUCAUUGGAAUAAACUUUGGCGUACAUCUCUUCCUCCAGCAGCCCAUACAGUGUAG